UGACCAUCGAAAACAACACACGUACCACUUUGUCCUGAGUUCAAUACCACUUAUUAUUUUUAACUUAAUCUGAAGUUGAAUAGCAGAGUAAUAGCUGUAAAUAUCCAUGACAAGUAAUGUGGAGAUAACGUUUACUCAGAGAAGGAAAUGAUAGGCAACAAGAAUGAAGGUUUAUCAAUAACACUUGGAUUUCCAGAUGAACAUGGCUAUGACAAUAAAAAGAAACAGUCAGUUUACAGGAUCUGGAAGAGAUUAUCCAGUUUACAGAGAAGUUUGAUAUUCCUCGUCCUCCUGCUAUGUGGAAUAUCUGCUAUUUAUAUAAUUCCCAAUCUGCGUCAGUCUCACACUACCAUCACAGACCAAGUAGACCCUGUCAAACAUGAUGAAAAAGACUCAAUUCAAAAGUUGAAGUUGGAAAAAGAAAAGGCUGAUUUUAUUGCUAGUUUGAAAAGGAAACAUGCUAAGCAUCAGAUUGAUGAUCUCAUGAAAAAAGUGAAAAAUCAAAAUGCUAAUGUAGCUCCUGCAGUAAAAGCUGGUGGUCAUGGAGAGGAUAAUGUCUUGUUGCCACCUGAUGAUCAAAAGGAACAAGCUUUGAGUAAUGAUGCCAGGUUAGAUCAUGGCAAUGAAGAUGAAGAUAGUGAUAAAGAUGACAAUGUAGAUGGACAGCUUAAUCAUCCACUCAAAACUGUAGAUAAUGAUUUCAAAGUAGAGCAGAAAGAAAAUUCAGCAGUAUAUGAUUAUUUUAGUCCUUACAGAAAACAUAGCUCUAAGCAGUCUGCUGUUAUAGAUGCUUUCAAAAUUUCUUGGUCAGCCUAUAAGAAAUAUGCAUGGGGUCAUGAUGAAUUCCAUCCAAUCAGUAAAACUCAUUCUGAAUGGUUCCAGCUUGGUCUGACCAUUGUUGAUGGCAUUGAUACAGCAAUCAUUAUGGGACUCAAGACAGAAUAUGAAGAUGCUAGAGCCUGGAUACAAAAUGACCUGGUUUUCACUCAUGAUAGAGAUGUGAAUCUUUUUGAAACAACAAUAAGAAUCUUAGGUGGUUUACUGAGUGCCUUCCACCUGACCAGGGAUAAUGUGUUUAAAGAAAAGGCAACUGACAUAGGAAACAGAAUGCUUCCCUGUUUUAAUUCUCCAUCAAAGGUUCCGUACUCUGACAUCAAUCUACUGACAGGAAGAGCACAUGCCCCACGGUGGGGACCUGACAGCAGUACUUCAGAAGUCACAACAAUACAGCUGGAAUUUCGAGAUUUAAGUCGUAUUACUGGAGACAAAAAGUAUGAGAAAGCUGUUGAUACAGUAUCAAAUCAUGUCCAUAAUUUACCUAAGAAGAAUGGGUUAGUUCCAAUAUUUAUCAAUGCAAAUACAGGUCAUUUUCGAAACUCUGCAACAAUAACUCUGGGUGCAAGAGGAGACAGUUAUUAUGAAUAUUUAUUAAAGCAGUGGCUUCAGACUGGAAAGACAAACAGCAUGUACAAAGAUGACUAUAAAGAAGCUGUGGAUGGUAUGAGGUCACAGCUAGUCAGACAAUCAGAACCAAAUAAACUUACUUAUAUAGGUGAACUGCUAGGAGGCAGAUCAUUUAGUCCUAAAAUGGAUCAUUUAGUGUGUUUCUUGCCAGGAACACUUGCCUUAGGAUAUAUCAAUGGAAUGCCUAAAGAACACAUGGAUCUUGCUAAAGAGCUAAUGAGGACAUGUUAUGAAAUGUAUAAUAAAAUGCCAACAAAACUUAGUCCUGAAAUUGUAUUUUUCAAUCAGGCCCAGAAGAGUAAAGAUGACUUAUUUGUAAAGCCUGCUGAUUCUCAUAACCUGCUACGACCUGAAACAGUUGAAAGUUUGUUUUAUCUUCAUCGUAUAACUGGUGAUAAAAUAUACCAAGACUGGGGAUGGCAAAUUUUCCAGGCAUUCAUGAAAUAUACCAAAGUAGAAGGAGCUGGUUUCUCUUCGAUAAAUAAUGUCAGAAGUAUAGGAAAUCCUGGAUUCAGAGACAAACUAGAAAGUUUCUUCUUAGCUGAGACAUUAAAAUACUUCUAUUUAUUGUUUGAAGACAGCAUUGAUUAUUUAUCUCUUGAUAAAUAUGUCUUUAACACAGAAGGACAUGCAUUACCUAUUUAUUCUCAGUGAUUGUGUGAAUAUUUUCAGAAUAUUUUGUUUUAAAUGAAAUAUGCUCUAUAAAGAUUAAAAUGCCUGUGUGCAAUAUUUUUUUAUUUUUUUAAAUUUGAAAAAAAAACUGAUCCAUAAAUCUUACGGAUAUUUUUUUUCACUGUUGAAUACAAUAUAAGGCAUAUACAUAGCGAAAAAAUAAUAUUCAUUAUAUUACCAUUCCAUACUUUUCUUUUGGCUUAAGUUUAUCAUGAUUUUAUGUUUCCAAAAAUUCGGAGUGAGCAAAUCCAAAGAAGUAUGAAUAAAUUUGGAGUGGCCUUAAAAGAAUAGCCUUGUCUGUUUUAAGGUAAACCUUGUCUAAAGGAGUUUGAACCUUAGUUUUGUUGAUAUAACAAAAUUAAUCAUCUGAUAAUUUAUCAGAUAUAUGUACGGGUAAUAAAUCAUGGUCAUUAUGAAAUAGUAAACAACAUAGUAAAAAUAAAAAGUUAUUUGUAAAGGUUUCUGUGUUACCCUGUGUCUCGCCUGUGAUUUCUGCUGUCAGUGUAAAAGUGUUUUGACUAAAAAGUGUUUCAUUUAUCAGUAAAAUACAGAAUUUCAAAAAAGAAUUAAAUUUGUCCUUAUAGAUUAGCUUCUCUCCAAGUUUCAUAAAACUCCAUGAAGGUUAACAAAAUUUAUCAAGAUAUGUCAAAAAAAUUUAAGCAUUGACUGUCUAUAAAUGUUAACUUUAAAAAAAAAAAGUCCAUCUAUCAGAAAAAUAUGGAAAAGUGAAAAUAAAUAUUUUCAAAAUUUUGCUCUGGAUACUGUCUUUUGAUCAUAAACAAGCUUCUGUUCAAAUGUCAUAAAAUUUCAUGAAGGUUAGACAAAGUUAUCAAUGAAUGAAAAACUUUAACCACAGACUAA